AUGGAUCAAUUUAACAAUGGACCUAGACCCGAGAUCAGAAUUACAGAACUUACUGAAGAAAGGAUCAAAUUUAUUCUCAUAAAUACAGAUUUGAGUGUUGCCAAUGCAUUAAGACGGAUUAUGAUAUCGGAAGUGGCAACUAUAGCUGUUGAAUCAGUAGAUUUUGAACUCAAUACUUCAGUAUUGGCAGAUGAAUUUAUUGCACAUAGAUUAGGUUUAAUACCAAUAGAUAGCACAGAAUCAGAAAAACUUAAAUAUGGACGAGAUUGUUCAUGUACAGGGGUUUGUAAAGAAUGUAGUGUUGAAUUGAGUUUACAUGUAACUUGUAAUGAAGAAGAUACAACAAAAGAUGUGACUAGUAGAGAUUUGGUUAGCAAUGAUCCUCGAUUCGCACCAAUAUUUGAAGGCCCUAAGGAUCCAGGUAUUUUAAUUGCAAAACUUCGUAAAGGUCAAGCACUUAAAGUGAAGUGUAUUGCUAAAAAGGGCGUGGGGAAAGAACAUGCAAAAUGGAGCCCCUGUGCAGCUGUAGGAUUUGAAUAUGAUCCACAUAAUAGACUUAGACAUACCACAUAUUGGUAUGAAGAAAAUUACGAUUUUACAGUUAAACCAAAUAGAUUUUAUUUUAAUGUAGAGUCAGUUGGAUCAAUGAAGCCAGAAGAUAUUGUUAUGAAUGCAUUUAAGAAAUUAUUAGAAAAAUUGGCAUCUAUUCAAAUGGGAAUGGUUAAUAGUGAUAUCCCAGUAGGAAUCAUUCAUCCAAGAGAAGCUUUUUAA